AGCCGGAAGCGCGACAAAACGAACGACGAGUGCACGUUGAAGUUAGGGCGCCGUCGCAAACAGCAAAGAGCUAAUCACUCGACAAAACAACAAGAAAAACUGCAAAUAUGUCCAUUGGCGUACCAAUCAAGGUCCUGCAUGAGGCAGAGGGACAUAUUGUGACCUGCGAGACCAACACUGGAGAGAUCUACAGGGGAAAACUCAUUGAGGCUGAGGACAACAUGAAUUGCCAGAUGUCAAACAUCACGAUUACCCAUCGUGAUGGCCGGGUGGCCCAGUUGGAGCAGGUCUACAUCCGUGGUAGCAAGAUCCGCUUUCUCAUCCUGCCUGACAUGUUGAAAAAUGCCCCAAUGUUAAAAAGCAUGAAAAGCAAGAACCAGGGGUCAGGAGCAGGAAGGGGGAAGGCAGCUAUUCUUAAAGCUCAAGUGGCUGCAAGGGGUCGUGGUCGUGGCGCAAUGGGAAGAGGCAACAUCUUCCAGAAGAGGCGUUAACUGCUCCCCUGGUCUCCUGUUCAUUUUACAUUGUGCACUCUUUUUUAUUUCUUAGUGUUAGAAAAAUAAACUUGUUCCUUCAGUUUAAUUAUAUUUCCUCUUUUGUGUAAUAUCACCUCUGAUAUUAAAUGUGAUUUUUUUUUUCCAAGA